AUGGCCGCUCAUGAUGAUUUCCAGUCAGACAAGGACCUUCCUAUUGAGUCAGGUGGAAGUGAUUCGAGCUCAACAUUACUUCCUCACCCUUGGAACUACUCUAGAAAAUCUUCCCGGUCAUCCUGGGGAGGGCAGAUUUGCAAUUAUCGAAAUUGGCUAAUCGCCCUCAAUGCUCUUAUAUUCAUUACCACUGUAGGCCUGUGGGCUACAGGCACAUUUGCCAGGAAGUCGGAGGAAUGUCAAUGCGAUGACUCGUGGACAACCAAGUUCGAGGAAGACUUGCAAUAUACCAGCCGGGUUACUUUCCAACCUCACUCUUAUUUCGGCGGACCGCCGUCAAACAAGACAGACGAGAUAUGGAAACGACUUUCUCCCCCUGGCGAUGGUAUCGUGGAACUUCCAAUUGCAGCUGCAAAGAACCUUCCCGAGUCCCUACCUGCCCCAAAUAAUCCAGAGACUGCGUUGGUCUACGGUGUAUCAGUCUUCCACCAGCUACACUGUCUGAACUUUCUCCGGUUCGCCUAUUAUCCCUUAUCCGUGAAAGACAUGGACGAGGAAGAAGUUGCCUUCCACCGCGACCAUUGCCUCGACUAUAUCCGACAAGUUCUCAUGUGCCAUGCAGACCCUACUUUCGAGCCAAUGUCCGAAGUGGGAAUCAACGGCAUGGGAGCUGUCCAUCAAUGCCGUGAUUUCAAUAAGAUCUUUUCUUGGGCGUACGAGCAUCGGUCGAAUAAAGUGCAUGGGUCGGGGUAUACAGGUGGUAGACUUACGCAUACACCUGCCGACCUGAAUGAUUUUGACGAGGGGCCACAUGCCGGACAUGGCCAUUGA